CCGGACAAGUUGAAGCUACUGUAUGCUGCGAGGAAUCCCUUCAGGAAAUUCCGUCAAUGUAAUGUCUGGGAUUAGUUUGGGUAUUUACAACAACAACAACGACAACAUACCAGUGAGAGCCGACAGACAACUGUGGAAAAUCCUUCAAGGCAGUCCCUCCUCAGUCACAACCGUUGCUUUCUUCUGGACAGACUAAUCGAAUAUCGUAGACUGCUCGCUCGUCUGUGUCCACCAUCCUUCAAUGAUUUUUUUCCUGAACCCUGAGGCGCUGAGCGUGAAUGAGAUCCAUCCUCCGAGUCACUGUAAAUAUUUUGUUUUCACUGGAUUCUACUGGAGUUGACGUAGGAUCAGCUGGUGGUCCACGCUGGUAAACAAGAACAGCUCAAGCGACAUUGGAAGAUGUGUUACUUAAUUUGUCUACGGUCUCAUAUGUAAGUCAGGAUCUCAAAGGACAAUGGACAGAGACCUGCGAUUGAUGAGGAAAGUGGAGCUGACUGGGUUUGGACACGGUCGGAGACACUCGUGCUUGGGUUUUGACCUGGAGAAUGGCCUGUCGGUGGGUCGCAGUCCACUGGACUCUCAGACUAGUCCGGGAUCUGGUCUGGUACUUCAGGCCAACUUCCCCCACAGUCAGCGCCGUGAGUCUUUUCUCUACCGCUCAGACUCCGACUUCGACCUUUCGCCCAAAACCAUGUCACGCAACUCAUCCACUGCCAGCGACCUACAUGGAGAAGACAUGAUCGUGACUCCAUUUGCACAGGUUCUUGCCAGUCUGCGAACAGUCCGAAGUAACUUUGCCGCUCUGACACAUCUGCAAGAUCGCGUGGGAAGCAAGCGGCCUUCGAGCAGCAACCAGCCGUCCAUGUGUAAGCCAUGUCUCGCAGAGGAGCCUUACCAGAAGCUUGCGAUGGAGACACUGGAAGAGCUGGACUGGUGUUUGGACCAGCUGGAGACGCUGCAGACGAGACACUCUGUCAGCGAGAUGGCGUCCAAUAAGUUUAAGAGGAUGCUGAACCGUGAGCUGACGCAGCUUUCAGAGACAAGCCGCUCAGGGAAUCAAGUGUCAGAGUUCAUUGCUAACACCUUCUUAGAGAAACAACAUGAUGUGGAGAUCCUGUCUCCACCUUCUAAGGAGAAGGAGAAGAAGAAAAGGCCAAUGUCUCAGAUCAGUGGUGUGAAAAAGGCCACGCAGAGUCCCAGCUUAGCACCGACCUGUAUCCCUCGCUUCGGAGUCAGCACACCGCAAGAGAGUCUGCUGGCCAAGGAGAUCGAGAACGUUAAUCAUUGGGGCCUGGAUAUUUUCAAGAUAGCAGAAUUUUCGGGAAACCGUCCUCUGACAGUGAUCAUGUACUCCGUCUUCCAGGAGAGAGAUCUUUUAAAAACCUUUAAAAUCCCAGUCGACACCUUCAUCACCUUCAUGAUGACCUUGGAGGACCACUACCAUGCUGACGUAGCUUAUCACAACAACAUCCAUGCAGCUGACGUGGUGCAGUCCACCCAUGUUCUCCUGUCCACCCCAGCUUUAGAGGCCGUGUUUACAGACCUGGAGAUUAUGGCUGCUCUCUUUGCAAGUGCCAUUCAUGAUGUCGACCACCCAGGAGUCACAAACCAGUUCCUAAUAAACACCAGUUCAGAGUUGGCGUUGAUGUAUAACGAUACCUCGGUGCUGGAGAACCACCACCUCGCUGUGGGCUUUAAACUGCUCCAGGAAGACAAUUGUGACAUUUUCCAAAACCUCAACAAGAAACUAAAAGACUCCCUCCGCAAGAUGGUGAUCGACAUGGUGCUGGCCACAGAUAUGUCCAAACACAUGAACUUCUUGGCGGACAUGAAGACAAUGGUGGAAACCAAGAAAGUGACAAGUCUGGGAGUCUUGCUGCUCGACAACUACUCUGACCGCAUUCAGGUUCUGCAGAACAUGGUCCACUGUGCUGACCUGAGCAACCCGACCAAGCCGCUGGAGCUGUACCGGCAGUGGACAGACCGCAUCAUGGUGGAGUUCUUUACCCAGGGAGACCGAGAGCGGGACAAGGGCAUGGAGAUCAGUCCCAUGUGUGACAAACAGAACGCCUCCAUAGAGAAGACGCAGGUGGGGUUCAUCGACUACAUUGUCCAUCCUCUGUGGGAGACCUGGGCAGACCUGGUGCAUCCGGAUGCCCAGGACAUCCUGGACACUCUGGAGGACAACAGGGAGUGGUACCAGAGCAUGAUCCCCCACAGCCCGUCGCCUUCCAGCCCAGAGGAUCACCUUGUUGAGGGGGAGCCUGGAGGAGGAGCCUUGGGAGCAGGAGGAUCUGUCCAUUCAGGAGGAGGAGGUGGAGGGGACAAGUUCCAGUUUGAACUCACACUUGAGGAAGAGGAGGAGGAGGUGAUGGAGUCUGAUUCAGAGAGCCCCACAGAGGAUGAGUCCCAAUGGGGUAAGGAGCAGCAGCAGGACUCCUCCUCCCCUUCUCUGUCCCCGGACCCUCGCAGCAGCAACACCAGGUACCGCCCUCCUUCGCCUCACCCCCCACGGACCCUGAGUUUAGCCGCUAUGUCGGUGCAGAGCUCCCUUUCUCAAAGACAGCUGGCCGAAGACAGGGACAAUGAACUGAGCCAGGAGGGCGACGGUGUGACCUGUCUGCGAAUGGACACGUAACAACCAGCACAACCUGCCCUGCCUAAUAUACACAAAGCACUGGGUGUAGGAAGAAGGAGGCAGGGCAGGCAUUUUCAAAUAAGGUCUGUAAAAUCACCACAGUCCCUUUACACUGGAGACACCCUCUCUGGAGAACAGAGGGAUGUCCCCCCGUCCCCCUCUGCUUUAUUUGAUUUUUCAGCAGAAGAUGAAUUGUUUUAGCCUCUCUUCGGGUGCCUGAUAGGCCUUUGUGUCCCAUCCUGCUUCGUUGUAGCCUCAGUUCUGCUGCAGUUGACUGGAAGAAGAAGAAGAAGAAGAAGAAGAAGAAGAGUGGAGCUGAGGCACGAUAUUCUAACUACUACACAAGAUAAAAGGAAACGUCUUUCUACACAGCACAGCAACUCUUUGUCACUUUUGGACAAGAGCGGCGGAGGCGCAUCACAGUGGUCGAACAGGGUCUUGGAAAUUUUUAGUUUAGUUUUUAGUUUAAUUUAUGAAAUUAUUAGGUCAGUUCAAGUGGAGAAAAAGUUUUUUUUUUUUUCAAGAAUGAUGUGAGAAACAGACACUUUUACCAAAUACCGGAUGUAGGUGAGCGGCGAGAGAAUUAAAAAGCUCAGGGUAUGAAGAGAAACUAAAAACAAACUAAUGUAGCAUGAAUGUAGUCGAUUCCCUGGACCUAACUCUCUGAGUUACCUCCAAACAUGUUUAACCCGUGUGUCUGUGUUUAAUGGAAAACCCUUUAAUGAGCGAUUUGGCAAAGUAAGCAAUCAAAGAUAAAUGAUUAAAACCAACGCGUAGCACAACAAGGAUGGAACAUUGAAAAAGACUGAAGGCAUACCCCCAAUCCCAUGUGUUUAAAAACCAAAAGACUCACCCCCUGUAUGGUAUGUUCAAGCUUCUUCGUCUUUUUUUUUUUUUUACCCAAGAUGAUUUUAAAUGAUUUGUGGACAGUUCUUUGUUGUAUGUUUGCUGGUCUCAUCUGUGUUUAUGAGCUUAAAAAGCUUCUCUUUUUUUAUCAGGGUGCCUCCAGUCCGCAGUAGCACUUUACCAUCUCUGCUGUACAGCUCCUUCAUUCAGUCAUACUAAGGGCUUCACCCAAUGUAGACCUAGUGAUCAGCAGCAGUAGAGGGUUUCUGAUGCUGGCUACCAUAAGGCAGGGCGGGAAAGCCGGGGAUCUGGUGGUCAGCUAACACGCGGUCUGUGUUUUAAGAAACUUAUAUGAUAUGAUAUUCAACCAUCCAGAAAACCAGGGUUCAGUUAUUUUGGAAAUACAUUUUUAAACUGACUGAACCCUAUAAGUAAAGCUGCAGUGAUUUUAAAUAUCAAACCUCAGUCUAAUGUUAAAGGAGUAAUCCAGUAAUGUAAUAUUGCACUCUUGAUCCUUGUAUUCAAACUAAUUUCCCCACUUGGUAAAUGCCUGCAUAAAAAAAACAACCUUUUAUUUUAAAUAAUCUGAAUUAAGCAAUUAUGACAUCAUUUAUAACUCCUUAACUAAAACAAAUCGCUCCCAGUUGACUCGUGUUACUCGCUGACCACAGGAUCUGCAUCACAAGGAGCAGCACACUUUCAGAUGUUUUUGAGAGAAAUCACUCGCCUGUAGUUGCUAAGCCGACUUCAUGUCAUCACGAAAUCUCGACUGGGAUAACUGUGUGCCACGAGUGUUGAAAACUCACAAAACACCUGCCAGCCUAUGAUUAAUGUACAUUAUUACACUAGAGAUUUUAACGCGAUGAUUGUAUAUCGAAGUCUCAGACUUUGUAGUGUUAGGUUUUACAAAUGAUAGAUGUCAACGAUGUUAUUUAAAGCAGACAAUUUUAAUAGAUUUUGUGCAGCGUAGGCGUCGUCGUCGGUUCAGCCCUUUCAUAAUCAGAUAGCUGCGACCAGAGAAUGUGUCUAGUUUCAGGAGUUCCAUGACUCUUUCUGUACCAAGUACAUGUUCCGUCUAGAUCAGGAUUAGUCGCCGUCACUGAGUUAGAACUGACCAGGAAGUAAACAAGCACUAGUUAGGAUAGGACAUGAUGUACAUCCUGGUCAGGCAGUGGUAGAAAACACUAGUCUAACAGUAUUACAUGAACUCAGCUAGUAAGCUUUAAUGAUAAGCCUUACAUGUGAUUGGAACCUGAUGUAAAAAAAAAAAAGAGGAAAAAAAAAAGAAGACAAUUUUGCCGAUUUUAAUAGUCUCAGAACGCCAUUUGAUUCACAGUUCUGUCUUCAUGUUUCGUAGGUUCCUUCAGUUCUGGAAACUGGAGAAGUGUUUAGCAUAAUCAUUUUAUGUCAUUCAUCCAUAAAGAGCCUUCAAUGGUUUGGAAAUUCAUCAAACCGUAGCUGAAAAAAGGGGGUUUUCUCGUGACAGCAGUGACAUUCUGGCAUUUGACAGAAUAAAUAUUUGCUAUGAAAACGUUGGAGAGAUUCAGUUUCCCGUUUAGUUUUCAUGUCCGCAAUCGCACACUUUAUUUGAUGAAUCAACCGUAGAUGCCUUCAUGUAAUGAAAACACCAUGUGGACCUCAGCAGCUGGGUUAUCAGACUUUCCUGUAGCGCCAUCAAGAGGACAAAGUUCAUACUUGCACACACAAGAAAUGUCAAGCAAUUAUGAUGAAUGCUCUGUGGCCUUCCUGCCUGACUAAACCUUUUUCUUUUUUUUUACAUUCAUCAUGUUGUCAUAUUGCAGCCGAGUGGAGCGUUCCAUGUUCACUGCCUGAAAAGCUGCUCAGUGAUGUCUUUAUCAUCACUGCACCAUCAAGUUACAACUUAAUUCUAAAGAAUUCAUUGUGUGUAGACUUCUAGUCAACGCCGUCUUUAUAGAAAAAUCCCCAGGUGAUUUAAAAUAUUUGACAUUGUGGUGAUAUUUAUUAGGAAGGAAAGUAGCUCAAACACCAGCAAGUUAGUAAUAUUAUGAAAUGAACAUGUAUUACACUCAGUCCAAAACAUCAAGGCAGUCAUUCAGCAAUAUAAAAAGAAACAAGGAAAGGAAAUUCUUCCUUUUACAAUGUCUGCCUCUUCAGAGUGAACCUCAUCUGCUUUUUCCUCAUCGUGUACUUUGUUUCCCGUUGAUUAUUCUGUUCUAAACACAACCUGCAGCACAGGGAGUUUUUAACUUCCCCAGUUUGUAUGAAACAAACUGAAGCACUGGAUAUUUUGUACACGCCGUGACCAGAAAAGCAUAAAGUGAACAUCAAGACCAGGACGACGUGAUCAUCACUAAUGCUCUUUUCUUCUUAAAAGUACCCUGAACAGAAACCUCACCAUUUUCUUGAACUUGUCUUCAUCAGCAUGUUAAACUGUGGCUCUUCACAGGAAGUCAUCAGUGCUAUACUGUGUUAAAUGUGUUGCCGAGCAGCCGCAAAGUCGCUGCUCUGCGCUCCGUUAAUGUGUCGCGUUGUCGUUGCCGCCCCCCCCCCCCGUCAUUAACGUUCAAGCCGUCUCAUUUUCUCAGCAUAUGUGCGUCUUGUAAAAAAAAAAAAAAAAAAAAAUCUUUAUUUAUUCCUCAAAAUGCUUCUGUGGAGACAAAGUACUGUAACAUUGGACAAUUGACUUUGUCAUGGAGCCUAAAAAUCAAGUAUACUUUACAAGUAUGGAAAGAUGUAUGCCACUCCAAUGUUUUUGUCAAAUAUAUUUUUGUUUCUCAUUUUUAGCCAAAGGAGUUUGAGAGUUUUAAGUGGAAAAUGCCAAUAAAUUAUAUGGAAAUUUA